AAUACGUGACAGUAGACUACCAGACUUUGACACUGUUGGACGUGUUUCGCGCGCUUUUCAAUAGACACGAAACUUACGAUAUCAUUAAUAUAAUUACUAUCUGUGGCAUUAUGCCGUGAAUUAAAUAUACGUUUGGUUGUUGGCGAGUUUUGUGAAUAUAUUUGGUAAACAGCCAGGAUGUGGUCAAAGACGGAAAUAUGGAGAUGAAACGGCAUGACAAGCCGGGCAGCCUGUCGCCCGUGAAGGUCAAGAACGAGGAAGCAGCUAGCAAGUCUGCCAAACAGGAGAAGGAGCUGAAACUCCCGCCAGAGAAGUCGCCCAGUGAAGAUGGCAGUGUGAGACAGCGGAAAUUGUCCAGGGCUAGCGACACGUCGAAGGAAACUCUUGACAGGCAGGACUCAAAAGCAUCCCUGAGUCCAAAGGUAUCUCGAAAAUACUUCACAAACUGGAAGCAGGCAUGCGAUAAGACCAAAGAUAAAACCAAAGAACUUCUUAAGCGUUGGAGGACGUUACCAGAGGGUGAGGCAGCUGUACAGAUGCAGGAAGCGGGGCAUAGUGAGGAAGAAAAACAACACGGAUGGAGCGUACACGUUUGGACCACAUGGGUGAACCGGUGCAGCGAAGACUUAGAAUGCUUAGAUUUAGAAGAAGAGCAACCCUUGGCGCAGCUGAGCCCAGUGCAGACUGAUAAAAUGACAUUGUUUUUCACCGAGCUUUUGGAUCACGACCGCGAUGACGUCAUCUGUGAUCAAGAUUUUGAUGGGUUUUUUGAGAAGCUGGCGCACUUCGCCGACUGGUCGCCUAACUCGUCCGAGUUUCAUAUUCUUUUGGAGGUGAAGAGGGAGUUUAUCGAACAUUUCCUCAAUCCGUUGCCCACCAAGUGGGCAGAGUUGCCAUACUACAGACGGGUUUGCGGUCCGGAAGCUGGAGGGUUGCCAGGGCGAACAACUUUAGAAGGCUGGCUCGCAAGGUGGGCGCUACUGCUCAGCGAAUUAAACAAAUUCGCUGAUCUCCCACUCUAUCUGCAAUAUUUUUGCAAGAUUUUGUUCCAUGUUGUUGAUAGAGCAGGCGUUGGUGAAAUAACAAAAGACGCUCUAGCAUCAUUCUAUCGUUCCGUAAUUGGUCUGCCGGCGACCAGAGUUGAUGAAAUCAUUGACACAGCGUAUGAUCGGAUGACGAGCAAUACGUACUUAAUCUUAGAUUACGGUACGUUCGUGCACUGUUACAUCAACUGGCUGAUGGGAAAGAAUCCAAAUGGACCUGGACAAUGGUUACUAGUGCCUCCAAAAGACUCCCUCCCUCAACCGCCAUUUCCAGUAGACUAUAGCGCUUUAAACACAGAACCGGCCAAGUUAGAACCUUACGCGCCAGAUAAAAAAACAAACAGGCAUUCUGUUAUUGUAUAGAUAAUGUUAUUUUAUAAUAUUCAAAUUUUAUUAAUUAGGAAGUGUUCGUUCGCAUAUUAUGUCAAAAAAUUGUUUUUAUGUGCAAUCGUGUAAUUUAAAGUGAUUUUAAUAUUGUAUUGACCGCUUGCACAAAUUUUGUAUAAGUUUAAUUAUGUGGAUAAAAGUAAAUCCUCCAUAAAUUAUUAUUAUUUAUUAUUAAUAUUUAUAAAUGUAAAUUAUAUAUUUGUUGGCAUUUUUGCUUAAUGAUUACUUAAUAAACAAAAAAAAACUUUAAAGGAAACUUUCUCCUCAACGCUUUCCUUUCGAGGUUUAAGUUCGCUAUAUGAAACUGAAACUGUGCUUAUAUAUAGGACUCUACUGAAAUAUAGUUAAUACCCUGCGAUAAUACAAUGGAUCUUAAAGACUAGACAACAUUUUUCUACUUUCCUAGGUCCAUGCUUGUAAAUUGAAAUGAAACGCUUUACUUAUUUAUAUAUCUCUGGUAAUUUUACCAACGUAAUUAUAUAUUUAGGUAUAAUAUUAUAUCAUUAAGAAUUAACUGUACAUAUUAGAUAAUAAGUACGUGCACAACACGGUAAGCGAGAACUGCCUUAAAGUAAGCCUCCUCACCUUCACAUAUAGCCUUAUUUUGUACCUUAGAAAUAGUUUAUGAUAUACUUAAUGUAAUGUCACUGAAUAAAGAAAUUUAUUAGAAGUGCCUUCUUUCUUUCACCUAUUUGAAGAGAACAAAAUGGCUU